GGGCGUAACGUCAGAAGCGAGUCAUGAGUUUCUUUGUGUUUCUCGCGUUUAAAAAACAUUAAAAAAAUCACAACACAACCUUCCCAUUCACCAAAGUUUUACGAAUUCCACUGAAAAGCGUACAGCGUCGUUUACCAAGUAAAGCACGGCUUGGACACAGAGACCGUCGGCCAGAUUAAAAACAACUGUCACUUGUAACCUUUUGUGAAAAUUCAGUGCCACGGCAUGAGUCCGGGGCAGCGAAAUGACACCGAGCUCCAGAGCAACGAAAUGAAAGCAGCGAACUGACAGGAGUUAAAGCCGUGGUUAGCGUGCAGCUGCGGACUAAACUUGUGUUUCCUCUUAAGACCCAGCUCUGGUGAAAUUUACUGCUGAUUUUAGUCCACUUCACAGAUCCGCGAACCCUAAGCAAAAAGGUGCUGCCCCCUAGAGGCGAGUGACUUAAACCUGCUGUUCCUAUGUAUGGUCCGUUCUCCUGUGGUUUCACUUAUCAACGCCAUACUUCCGGAUGUUUGUAGAUUAUAUCUAUCCAUCUGUUUUCCAGUUCCCCAUAUGCUGAACAGUAUUGCAGAAAUGGGUUACAUGAUAGUAGAAGCCCACACAGCAACCCUUCUCCACUUGAAGAGGUCACCAGGAUAUCGCUCGUGGUCUUUAUUAGUUGGAAUUUCUUCAGUUGGCCUUGCUGCUGCAUAUUACAGCUCUGACAGUUGGAUGUGGAAGCUCUUCUACGUGACUGGCUGUCUCUUUGUGGCCAUACAGAAUGUGGAAGAAUGGGAGGAAGCGAUAUUUAACAAGUCUGAAGGCAGUGUUAUUCUUAAAUCUUUUAAUCUUUAUACAAAGAUUCUGACACUUUGGAGAAAAGGCCACGAACAAGUGGUAGCCCAGCUGAAGCACUUACGAGCUGUCAGUGUCGAAGAGGAGAAAGUCCGUUACCUGGGAAAGGGCUAUUUGGUGGUCCUGCGCUUUGCCACAGGGUUCUCUCACCCACUUACUCAAAGUGCCACAUUGAGUGGGAGAAGUGAUGCAGAAGCGGUCGCCGAGUUGUUAAAGCGCUUUCUUGAUCUCGAUGAAAGAGUCGGAUGUGAAGAUGAUGAAGUCAGCAGCACUGAUAGUGACGAAGUCAGUUUUGAAGAGCACUAAUUAUCUGCACAAACGCAUUCCGGCCUCCAUUCCCAAAACUGAUUUGUUUCACAGACUGAACCUACUGCUGGAGUAACAAUGUCUGCAAGAGAAGAAGACCUUCCAGAUAUCUUAUUUUUUUAUAAUGACCUUGCUACACUUCAAGUCCUUUGGAGAUUUAGGUUUUUUUUAUUAUUAUUAUUUUUGUAUUUAUCUUCUGCAGCUAGUGCCUUUCUGCCUGAGCUUAGUGGAUAAAGUAGAAGAUCAUGCUUUUUUUUUUGGUACUGUAUAAUUUUAGUUUUUUACCGUAUUCACUAGCUUUUAAGGGGACAAAAUUGAAUUUUACUGAAGGCUUUUGUUCACAUAGCUGCUAGAUUGUUUUUUAAUACAAGAUUAAAUAUAUUGCGUCCAUAUGUAAAUUCUAUAGACGUUUUAAAAAAAAAAAAAGGUUCUAAAAAAAACGGGGGGUGGGGUUGGAGGGGCUUAUACAUGUGAAGGAAUUUUAAUCUGCUGAAGUAUUUGGCAGCCUGAAGCCACUGGGGCUUAGCUGCAGAAAAUAUGAGCUCGCUUUUAUGGCCAUCGUGAGUAGAAUUGUAAAUAUGCUGCUUUACUGGCCACGCUGGCCUGCAGAAUCCAAAUUGCUUUGUCAUAGUGAAUCCCACCAUGAGAUGCCACAAUCCAAUAAUGCUCUCAGACGCGUGGAGAAGAUCAACGUAGGGAAAGACCGUCUGGCACUGCGACAUUUGGAUUAUAUGUAGUAUUAUGUCAGGGCUUGGCCUUAUUUUUAAGGUUGCUCUAUUUCAUUGUAUUAUAAAUUGAUUUCUAUGCAAAUAUACAACUCUACAACAUCCCCUAAUCACUGCUUUCUCUCAGAAUAUUUGAAAGUAAAAGGAACAAAAAUGAAAGAAAGUGAUCAUUUGUGCUGUUUGGUCCCCUUGGUGGUUUGCUUUUGUUGGUUGUCUCCUUUCUUUUCUUAUCUUGUAAUAUUAAAGGUCAUGUCAUAGUACACAAUUUUGCCAGCAGUUUUCAGUGGCAGAGUUCAUUGAAAUAAUUUGAGUGAGUUGCAGGAAGUCCAACCAGCCUGCGACUUGCCCUGACAGAAUCAAACCAGUUUCAUUUUUGCCCUAAAUUGUAGGGAUGUGCUCUGUGUGCAUGAAGGCUGACAACCAACGAGCCCCAAUCCAGAAGUACCAUGCAGAUGAUAACUCUGCAGUUGAAGUCCUUUGGAGCUUUAGUUUUCUAUUUAUCCUCUGCAGUUAGUUUGUCCGCCUGAGCUGACCAGAUAAAGGUAAGUGGGUGGUGGGUACCUCGCAAUUAGAAGAGUGGUUUGUCUGUCAGAUGGGUUGUGUUUUAUGUACCACUAUAGAAUGGGACAAAAGGGCAGAGGUUGCUUGCUGCACACGCCGUACCAGUAAACUCUUCAUAUAAACAUCAGGUCCAAUGGACAGCAAGUUAUUGGCUAUAAGAAAAAGGGGCAAACUUGGGAUACUUGGGAAAUAUGAAACUGUACUGGAAAGUCGUCACACGAACGCAUAACUUGACAUCCCCAGCGUUUGCUAAUCGUGCAGACUGACAUACUGCAGUUGUCGUGUAAUGUGACAUUGGUCUAAGUGGAUGAAUUUUUGGUGUAUUUACAAGAAGAACAAAAAAAAAAUAUUCCCAAGGUCUGUGGGGCACACACUGUGGCUUCAUGGUUAUUUGUACCCUGAGGUCAAAUCCCCUGUCUAGAUGUCGCUGUGGAGUUUCCAUGUUCUCCUAAUGCCUACGUGAGUUCACCUCUCCUCAAAGCCGUCUAGCUUUCCUUCCACACACCCGUGUCCAGGAGUGAGUAUGGCUGUGUGGAGCUCAGUGUCUCCCUGUCAAGGACUGCUUUCUGCCUUGGGUCUCGUGCCUCAACUGGAUGAAGUGGGUUUGGGAAUUCUAGAAAUGCACCUCCGGUGUACUUUGGUAAACUGGUAUCUUUGUUCACUUUCUUUGUAACACAGAACCCAUUGUAACGGCAAAGAGUCAUUCAAAAUGUUGUUUGUUUGGAAACAACCUCUCACUCUUACCCUGACUUCAAUUUUAAAGACAGUUUUAAUAUUCCUGUAUGUUGAAUAAAGUUGCCUGUGUAUUUCAUAAAAAAAAAUCUUUUCUAAACUUGUGUACAAGACAAAGAAAUCAUUAAAAUUGUGGGUAAGAGACCUUU